AUGUCGAGAAAAUCAAAGGCGAGGCAGAGCUGGGAGUAUGUAGAGUCGGGGAUAAGAAGUGAAAGGAUGAAGUUUUUGAGAAAGCAGAGGGCGUCUUCCACCUCUGCUGGAGUAGACUCUGGGGCAAUAGUUUCUGUCUCUAUGAGCUGCGUGCUGGUUUCUGCGUCUGUGAGCUGUUUUUUCGUUGUUGUGACUUCAUUGAACUCCAAUUUCUGUGCUUGCUUCGCUGGGUCGAUCUCCAUAGCGUCGGAGACACCAUUGCCCUUUAGCUUUUUUCUGCCCGCCAGCUGGUGCUGGGCGUCCUUCCUUUUCAGACCAGAGCUUUUUUCAUCCAGACUAUUCUUCAAUUCCGCACGUCUGUCCCUCUCGUCCUUUCUCGCCCUGCGGACAAAGUCCCGCAUGGCCAAGACAGGCCGGCGGAGAGCCGAAAGUAGCCCCGUCCGAUCCGAGGGCGUUUCACAAUGGCGAAAGAGCGCCUCGAGCAAAUCGGCGUCUUGCAACAACUGGACGGCCCAUCGAGGCGCCGCGGCCGCCCGAAUUCCUGCGAGCGCCGCGCCUAGCGCCGCAUGGCGAACGUCGGCGUGCGCGUGCGUAAGCCAGGCGCGGAGCUGCAGUGGGCUCACGGCGCCGCUUGAAACGGCGUCGAAAUGCGCGUCGAUGGCGCGCCCGGCCUCAAGCAAGGCCAAAGCCGAGCGCGCGUCCAAUUGCAAAGACGCGGCCCACUGGGCAAAAUGCUGCGGAUAA